CUCGUCCAUUACUAUACAACGACCCUUCUGUUGACCCAAUUAGCUCAGUAACCGGGGUACGCUAUAAAAUGUCGUCGAUUGCCACCACUUUUGCCCGCCGCGCUGCUCUAAGACAGCCUUUCAGAGCACCCGCCACCAUAAAGCCAAUCCGUCGCAUCUCAUCCAAGAUCGAGGAGGCCGGCCUUAACAACGCCCCAAAGAGAGACCCUGAGCUCUACAUCCUCUUGGGUAUCAUGGCCGGUGCUUUCGGUAUUGCUGGCUGGUACCUUGGCAGCUCUCCCACAACCAUCACCUCGGAGAGCAACAUUCGAAUUGGUGAAGCUGCUAUGCCCUGGGAGCAGGAGGAUGAGUCCAAGGCCAACUACAAAUACCAAUACCACCCCCAUGGCGACACAUCGAAGCCGCUCAAGAAAGCCCCCAGCGCUCUGAAUGAGGUUAUCAUUCCAAACGUGACAUUGCCAAAGGAUCUACACGACCGAUUCAAUAAGUAUGGCAAAGACGACUAUUGAGAUAAGAAGAGGCACCGCAAUGAACGAGUGAUUUGCUGGUAAAGCAAGCGAAUUUGUAUUGCAUAAUUGAGAAAAAGAAGAAGCUGGGGUCGUCUGUUGGCCAUAUUUUUUUAUAACAAAAUACAAUCUGAGAGGAACAGUGCCCUUUGUAAAUAAUUGUUCUGACAUUUUUCCAUAUAAAUCUCCUCAUCGUCCCAAGUUGUAUCUGUCAAGCUCACUCCACAUCAUCCUGUAUUUCUAUGUCAUACGCGUGCUGGGUCGCCUCCUCUUUACUUAUUUAUUUAUUCAAUUAAAUGUUGGGAAAGCUCAAUCCUCAAAUUCGAUAAAAAAAGAAGAAAUGGAAAUAG